CCCUUUUUUUUAAAUACAUUGUAUUAAUAUUUAGAAAAAUUUGUACAAACGUUUCUUUCAUCCUCGACCAUAUUUUGUCUUUUCCUUUGACUUCAAGCACAAAAUGUCCGAAAUUGCAGACAGGAUAGCCGCUGCUCGCAAAGAAGCAGAAACUUUAAAAGAAAAAAUUAAGAUGAGGAAAGAUACAUUAGCUGACACGUCUCUGAGAACAAUGGCCGCUGAAAUCGAACCUUUACCAAGAAUUGUAAUGAAAGUUCGUCGUACCCUUAAAGGUCAUCUCGCGAAAAUCUAUGCAAUGCACUGGGCUUCGGAUAAGCGUCAUCUUGUAUCUGCUUCACAAGACGGUAAACUCAUCGUAUGGGAUGCUCCAACAACCAAUAAAGUUCACGCUAUUCCCCUUAGAUCCUCAUGGGUUAUGACAUGUGCUUACGCACCAUCUGGUGCUUUUGUUGCUUGUGGUGGUUUGGAUAAUAUUUGUUCUAUCUAUAACCUAAAGACAAAAGAAGGUUCCGUUAAAGUUGCUCGAGAAUUGGGUUCUCAUACUGGCUACCUUUCUUGCUGUCGGUUUCUUAAUGAUAGACAAAUUUUGACAUCGUCAGGUGACAUGUCUUGUAUUCUUUGGGAUAUUGAUGCUGGAAUGAAAAUAUUAGAGUUUAAUGACCAUACUGGUGAUGUAAUGAGUUUGUCUCUUGCACCUAAUCAGCAAAUAUUUGUAUCUGGAGCUUGUGAUGCUGCGGCUAAAGUUUGGGAUAUCCGAAAUGGUCGCUGUGUACAAACAUUCACAGGUCAUGAAUCAGAUAUUAAUGCUGUACAAUUUUUCCCUAAUGGAGAUGCAUUUGGAACUGGUUCGGACGAUGCAUCUUGUCGAUUAUUUGAUUUACGUGCCGAUCGAGAAUUAAAUCAAUAUACGCAUGAUAAUAUUCUCUGUGGUAUCACUUCUGUUGCCUUUUCGAUUUCUGGUCGUCUUCUAUUUGCGGGUUAUGAUGAUUUCAAUUGUAAUGUUUGGGAUACAUUAAAAGGUGAACGUGUGGGUGUUUUGGCGGCACACGAAAAUCGUGUUAGCUGCUUAGGUGUAUCAAGUGACGGUAUGGCUUUGUGUACGGGUAGUUGGGAUUCAUUAUUAAAGGUUUGGGCUUGAACAAUAAGUUUACGUAUAAUUAAACGAUAAUCUAAAUAAUCUUGAUAUCGAGUAAAUUGCUUUCACUUAAUGGGAGAGGCCAUUUUUCAUCAACGGAAGGGGAAACAUUCACUUUUUUAUUUGUUGAUAAUCGACAGCAUUCACGUUUGUUCAUUUUCUAUAUAUUAUAUCAUAAUUUUGGGAUUGAAUCAUUUUUUUUAAAAAAGAAAAAAAAAAUUUUUAUUAUAAAUUUGUUAUUAUAUAACUUUAUUGUAUUAUUGCUAUUGUUUUUUUUUCAUUUAUUGUUAUUUUCUCUUCCUAACUAAUACACAUCUGGCAACAUUAUUCAAAUUUCAAAAUUGUUACUUUAUAUUAGAAUAUAUUUUAUUUUAUUAUUUAAAUACCUUUUUUUUUUAUUUUGAUAAUGAAAAACUUACCUAUUAAAAACAAAAUAAUAAAAAUAAUGUUAUUUCUGUAUUAUUACUAUAU